CCAGUUCACCAGCGUGGGCUGGGCCGUCAUCGCGCUCCAGUCCAACUGCGAGGUGUUCUCGACGGGCGUUUCGGGCAUGAUGACUGGCCCAUUCAUGGACAUCAAUGGCGGCGAGUUGAGCGCGCUCCUCGCUACGUUGCGCUACGCGGUGCCGCCCGUCACUGCCGUGGUCGACUCCAAGUUCGUGUUCCUGGGCCUCACGGUGGACGGUCGAGAGCGCACGUGCUCGUACGUGUACGCCUGGUCGCACCUUUGGAGGGAGGUGUGGCGGCUUGUCGACGAGUUCGGGGGCUUGUGCGCGGGGGGCCUGACGAUCCGCUGGGUCAAGGCCCACUGCACGAGGCGCCAGAUCCUCGACGGGGUCGUGUCCUACCGCGACUGGUACGGCAACAGGCUGGCGGACCAGGCGGCCAAGUCGGCGGCGGCCCAUGCGAGGCUUCCUCACGCCAGCCGCCUGAAGCUGCUCCAGAGCGAGAAGAUGGUGGAGGGAGUGGCGAUGUGGCUGUCCGCGGUGGGCUCGGCGGUGGGCGGCGCGGACACCACGCACCGCAAGGGCAAAGCCAAUCGACCUGCGCCGCGCGCUGUGGCAGCUGCCCCUGCGGCGCCGCCGCUGCAGUGCCAGCUGCGCGGGCCCGCGGGCAAGCGGUGGUGCGCGGUGUGCCGCUGGGUAGAGAGGAAGUCGGCCUGCCCGGGCAGCAUCGUGGCAGCGGCUCUCGACCUGAACGCUGCUCAUCGCAGCGGCGGGCUCAGGCCUCACCGCCUUGCGAGGGUGCGGCCGCAUAACGAGCGGCAGAUGGUGCGUGAGAUGCCCGUCGUCGCCUGCCUCACCUGUGGCGCGCUGGGGUCGCGCCGUGCUUCGAGCUUCGCCCGCGAGUGUCUGGCUCCCUCGGCGAAGGCGACGGCGGCGCUCACCAAGUUGGCAGACGGGAAAUCGCCGCACGGGGACGUGGCGAUUGAGCUGGAGCUGCUGUGACCCGG